GCUUGACACCAAGCCUGGCACUUCGAAUGAGCAGCAUUAGAUCUUGGCCACUCUCCUCCCCCCGGUAGUCCCUGGGUUCCGCCCGCCGCCGCCCGAUAACAUCACCUCAUCCCUUCCCUCGGCCGACAACAACCGCCGAACAACCACCAGACGGCGGCGACAGCAUGGCUGCCAUCAUAGGCGAUGUUUUCGCUGAUUCGCAAUCGCGCUUUCAUGGUAUGAUCGGAGGACAUUCGCACGACAUCCAUUACCAGAGCCGAUCAGCCAGCAGAUCCCGCGACAGGGAUGUUCCGUCCCACCACACGCCACGCCCGACGACCGCGAGCCCUCGGCGGGCAUCGACAUGUGUGACCGCUGCGCAGAAUCAGACGCCCAGUCGGCGGCUCUGGGACGAGCAAACACAAGAAAAGACGCCAGCGAAACAGCCUAACCCCAGCCGCCCCGCUACCGGCAACAAGGCGCGACUGCCCUCGCCGCCGUCCUCGUCCUCGUCUUCACAGCCAUCAUCUGGUGGCAACCAGCCACGCGACGGAAUCUCUAGAGAUGGCGGCGCUCAGAAUCCCGCCCGGGCGUUUUCUCAUCCCGCGUCAGAGUCAGGCGCAUCGUCAGCGAGUACCACCACGACGGUAAUACCGCCGCCCUCGAGGGCCAUUCCUUCCCCCGAUUCCGACAGCGGACCGCAGUGGGACUCUACCCAUCCUCAGGCUGCCGGCACCUCAUCUAUCCCUCCUCACCUUGACGACCCACCCGAGUCCCCGAUACCAACCCAGACAACGAUCCGAGUCCGCGACCUCGCACACAUCCAAAGUCUGGCAAAGGCAGACCUGCUCACCGGCACGGGGCCAGGAGUCGUCAACGAACCCCCACUACAACAGAUGAAGUACGAGAUUAGCGGAAUGCCCAUCGGCGAUAUCAUCGAGAUGGUCGCCGCGCUGCUCACCAAGAUCACGACGACCAACGAUCUCCAGCACGACGCACUCAACCGCAACGCCCACCACCUGCGACAAGCCCAGGCACAAGCGCGGGGCGAGGAAGGUUCCGGCGACAGCAGCAUGAGCCCGCUCAGCAGCAGCGUCCUGGCAUUCCACGGCAAAAAUGUACCUGCCAUUACCAUUCUAAGCUAUCUCACCCGCAUCCACAAGUACUGCCCGACCACGUACGAGGUCUUCCUCAGCCUGCUAGUGUACUUUGACCGCAUGACGGAGCGCGUGAACGACAUGGUUAUGAAGAGCGAGGAGGCGCGGCGCGCACAGCUCGAGGCACAGCAAGCGCAGUCGCAACCGCAACGACCACUAGUACCCACGGACGCCGAGAAGGACACAGUUAUGCGCGACCCGGAUGAUGACGAGAGCGUUGGUGACGGUGACGAGACCGAAGGCGAUGAUUCGAGCGACGCGACCGAGACCGACUCGGAUCUGGCGGACUCGACGGACGGAGACGACAGCCCUAGCGCGGCGGGGAAGAAGACAUCACCGGCGGCGGACCCUGCAGGUGCUUCUUCCGCGGCCGCGGCGGCAGCAGCAACAGCAGCGCAGCAAGCCACGUACUUUGUGGUAGACAGCUUUAACAUCCAUCGCCUCAUCAUUGCUGGCGUAACCUGUGCCAGCAAGUUCUUUUCCGACGUCUUUUACACCAACUCGCGGUAUGCCAAGGUCGGCGGUCUCCCCUUACCUGAACUCAACCACCUGGAGCUGCAGUUCCUGCUCCUUAACGAUUUUCGUCUAGCCGUGCCGGUUGAGGACUUGGAGGCGUAUGCCACCAUGCUGGUCGAGUUUUAUGUGCGGGAGGUUAUCGCACUGAGGUCGCGCCCUGGCGGUGAAUGAUGGAGAAUGGGGAUCGACUUAGACGGUAUAGCAUGAUGGAGGGAUCAGUUGACGAAGGGCAUGAGUCAAGCUCCAGGAUUUCUUAAUGUCUCUUUUGAUCGGGGGGUUCUGCAUGGCGUGAACAGGCAGACGCGGGGCGUUAUACUUCCCUGGGUUCUAUUAAGGCGGUGGUCUUGCAUCACGCUACGGAUGCAGCAUGCGGGAGCGAAGCACGGGGGAGAUGACGAUGGACACAGG